AUGUGUGACAAUGCUCUCAACUUUGUAGGCGCCAAACGUGAACUUGAUGAGUUGGUUCAACUUUUCAAUUCCGAGCAGUUUCAACAAUCCGUAGCACGAGGAGCCCAGCACGACAGAAUAGAUUUUCGGUUCAUCCCUCCAAGAUCACCAAACUUUGGAGGGCUGUGGGAAGCAGCAGUAAAAUCCUUUAAGGGACAUUUCAAGCGCACAAUCGGUAAUCGAGUUCUGCAGCACGACGAGAUGCAAACAGUAGUUGCACAGAUCGAAGCGAUUCUCAACUCUCGACCACUAACUUCAAUUAGUCACGACACAUCAGAUUUCGAGGCUCUGACUCCCGGUCACUUCCUGAUCCAGCGACCGUUAACGGCGGUUCCCGAGCCCAGCAUGGAGGAUGUUCCAGAAAAUAGGCUAACUAUUUGGCAGAGGUCGCAAGAUGUCGUUCAACGCAUAUGA